UCUGCUCCCCCGGGUCGGAGCCCCCUGGAGCUGCGCGCGGGCUAGUAACGCCUCGCCCGCGCGGUCUUCCCGGUGUUCGGCUUCUUGGUGCUCCAGCCGCCGGCUUCCCAGGUCCCCGAGCCGCGCCGAGCAAAGCGAGCGGGCCCGGGACGAGCUACGGCUGCGGCCGCCUCGCGCUUCCCUGGCUCCGCUCUCUCCGCCCCCCGGGGGUCGCGCGCCCACGAUGCUGCAGGGCCCCGGCUCACUGCUGCUGUUCGUCCUCGCCUCGCACUGCUGCCUGGGCUCAGCGCGCGGGCUCUUCCUCUUCGGUCAGCCCGACUUCUCCUACAAGCGCAGCAACUGCAAGCCCAUCCCGGCCAACCUGCAGCUGUGUCACGGCAUCGAGUACCAGAACAUGCGGCUACCCAACCUGCUGGGCCACGAGACCAUGAAGGAGGUGCUGGAGCAGGCGGGCGCCUGGAUCCCGCUGGUCAUGAAGCAGUGCCACCCGGACACCAAGAAGUUCCUGUGCUCGCUCUUCGCCCCGGUCUGCCUUGACGACCUGGACGAGACCAUCCAGCCGUGCCACUCGCUCUGCGUGCAGGUGAAGGACCGCUGCGCCCCGGUCAUGUCCGCCUUCGGCUUCCCCUGGCCCGACAUGCUCGAGUGCGACCGCUUCCCCCAGGACAACGACCUCUGCAUCCCGCUCGCUAGCAGCGACCACCUCCUACCGGCCACCGAGGAAGCUCCAAAGGUUUGUGAAGCCUGCAAAAAUAAAAACGAUGAUGACAACGACAUAAUGGAAACUCUUUGUAAAAAUGAUUUUGCCUUGAAAAUAAAAGUGAAGGAGAUAACCUACAUCAACAGAGAUACCAAAAUCAUCCUGGAAACCAAGAGCAAGACCAUUUACAAGCUGAACGGGGUGUCUGAACGGGACCUGAAGAAAUCGGUGCUGUGGCUCAAAGACAGCUUGCAGUGCACCUGUGAGGAGAUGAACGACAUCAAUGCACCCUAUCUGGUGAUGGGACAGAAGCAGGGCGGGGAGCUGGUGAUCACCUCGGUGAAGCGGUGGCAGAAGGGGCAGAGAGAGUUCAAGCGAAUCUCCCGCAGCAUCCGCAAGCUGCAGUGCUAGUUCUGGCGCCGGGAUGGAUGGCGCCCCGACAGGCCAGCCCCAGAGCUGGCUGACGAUU